AUGGCUGGAACGGAUAUUGCAAUUAGAGCAGAUUAUCGUCGGGUUGCCCAGCCCCAAAAACAUAUCACCACGACUACCACUACGAACGAAAAGGAGCAAGUCAAAACAACGUCUGCAGGCAACAGCGAUCAGGCCCACGAUAUGGCCAGCGACCAGCGCCCCUCCGAAUCGAAUCUAGACAGCCACGAGGGACGUAUAGAUGAUAUAUCGCACAAAUAA